UUUUACGAUUUAAAUGCGCGGUCGUUUGUCGACGACCUCUUUAAAAUUUGUUCUUCAUUUUGGUUAGUUCAAUUUGAUGAUUCAGCGAACUAAACCAAGCAAUAAAAAUGGUAAGUUAAUCCAUCCUGUUUCAAUCUAUAGCUAUCAAACAUUAUUAAUACGUUGUCUUUUAUUUAUGACCAGCUUUGUCCGGCUUUAACACCAUAUAACGUUAGAAAAUACGACUCUAACAUCGCAUAUAAUAUAUAUUUUAUAACCCUCUAGCACCUUUGAAAUGGCAAAUUAUGUGAAUCGUACAUUGUUCGGCAGUCAUAAUAACGUAUAUUUCUUUUAUUUUUAUAUAGGUGAACUUUACAGUGGACCAGGUUAGAAUAUUUUGUGUAUUUUAUACUUAUAUUAAAGUGUUUUUCAUUGAAAAUUAGAAAUUUCAAAUGACCGAAGGCUCUUACGUGGUUGUGGUGCAAUCAGUGCAUAAUAAAUUUAUAUUUGCGUCAUGUGAACGUUGUAGUACUUAAAUAAUACCAGUAUAUAUUAUUUAGGUCAUAUAAUUAUACCAAGCCAUUUUAUAUACAUUUGUAACAUAUAAACAGUAGUUUGUGAAAAAUUGGCUUCGUUUCAAACCGUGAAAUUGCGUGAAUGUGCUUUUCUAAACAAUACGGUUGUGUGCCAGUUCGUGUCUGAACUAUUGAGAUUCAACACACUUUAAAAUUUUGAACGAGGAGCCCUUCGUCGCAAGUGUGGUUAGCAAAUGGCCUUCUGACUGAGGAUAGUGACUCAAAAACGAAGCCAUUGAAGCUUUAACCCAUUAAGAGCCAGCGCUUUCAUCUUUACGACUGGUCUAAGACAGUAGGACUGUUCGGUAUACCGAUAUACCGAAAAUAUCGGUAUUAAAUCAAUAUCGGUAUAUCGAUAUCGGAUAUUGAACCAUACCGAUAUACCGAAAUUUCCGAUAUACUGGAAUUUUUCGGUAUACCGUGUUAAAUUUACCAACUAUAUGGCGAAACCAUAAUCUUUAUUUUACUACUGAAUGACAAUUCGAAGAACUUUCUACUGCAAUAAUGAUUUAGAAUUUACACUUCAGUGAGAUUUUACACUGAGUACGUGUCGUUCGAAACAGCUUCAAAAUUAUUGUUUUCUCUUUUAGAAUUACUCAAAAAUUUCCUUCAAUUUUCCAUUAAAGAAUUUUCCUUUAUAAUUAUCAAAGAAAAACCGGUAUACCGAUAAUAUCGGUAUAAUUUUUUCGGUAUACCGAUACCGGAAAUUUCUCAUACCGAACAUUCCUAUAAGGCAGAGUGAAAUGCACAAUGCGACUCGAUGGGUUAACUAUACAUAUGGGCCAGUUAACCUAUUUAGCACCAGUGAUCUCCCCUUGACGACUAAAAUCAUCUGGCAUAAUAAAGUAGGGCGCAUCAGGGUGCAAUGCUACUCAAUGGGUUAAUAUUGUAGAUAAUUUCAAAUUUUCCGAUAUGUGUGUCGAUAUUUCUGUAUACGGCAACACCCUAAGAACAUGUUUGUAAGGCAAAAAAAAAAUAUCUGGGCUUCCCUACCCUACCUAGCUUUUGGUUACUGAAAUUACUCCAAUUAGCUCCAAUUUACUCCGUGCAGGAGGUAUGGAUGUUAUUUGGAUUGACCCAAUCAUAUUUUUAUCCUUAGAUCCGUGGGAUCAUGGACAAGAAGGCGAACAUCAGGAACAUGUCGGUUAUUGCCCAUGUUGAUCAUGGCAAAUCAACCCUGACUGAUUCCCUUGUCAGUAAAGCUGGUAUCAUUGCUUCGCAAAAGGCUGGCGAGGCUCGUUUUACUGAUACACGAAAAGACGAACAAGAACGAUGUAUCACAAUUAAGUCCACGUAAGUAUGUUGAUGUAUUCUCAGAUUAUCCCCCCAAGAUGAAUAACUGAAAAUAUUAAACUUGUUGCGGUCGAAUGAAUAACUGCAAAUAUUAAUUAAACUUGUUGCGGUCGUUGACCAGUUCGUAGUCACUUGAGGGAGCCACAGCAACAAGGCACUAGUCUGUCGUUUUGCUUGACAAUUUCAUAGGAUGAGCCGAUAAUCGGAAAUUAAUUGGUACAAGGGUACAUUGACGUACAGGGUUCAUAAAAAUUGAUCAAAAUCACGAAUCAAAAGUCUCUCAAAUUGAUAAAAAUAUACAAUAAUAAAUUCAGUUCUUUGCAAAAGCGAUGAAGGAUCAUAUAUUUUAAAGAUGUUGUUGUUAGAUUGUACCUAAAAAAACGAUUAUAAUUCCACCCAAAAUUCUAUUUGCGAGUUUGCGAUGUAUAUAAACUAUUUGAAAAUUGCAGUGCUUUCACAUUUUAAAUUAACUUCCAAUUAGUGUGAAAAUUCCUUAAAAUAAAAAAAUCGAUUCAAGGACCAUUUUUUGAGAAUUAAUUCGAACCCUGCACUUUCUCUCAGAUUUUAAAAACUUUUCCUUAUAAAGGCACAUUGUAUGAUGUUGUGUUUCUUUUUAUAUUCAGGGCUAUUUCUUUGUACUAUGAACUGGAUGAGAAAGAUAUGGAAUACAUUGAACAGGAAAAAGACGGCAAUGGUUUCUUGAUCAACUUGAUUGACUCACCCGGUCAUGUUGAUUUCUCGUCAGAGGUUACUGCUGCUCUUCGUGUUACAGAUGGUGCUUUAGUUGUUGUCGAUUGUGUUAGUGGUAAGUGCCAAUGAACUUGGCUUCAGAGGUUAGGGAGCCAUAGAGCGACAUUAUUGCCAUAGCCUUAGCUGCUAACUCCAAGUUCAAAAUAUUUUGCUCACCUCUCAUUCAAUGGGUAGUUCCAAAAAUGACCCACCCUGCCCCCGGAGGAAAUUUCUGCUGUCUGGAGGGGAAGGGACAAAAUAUUUGUUUCUGAUGAUAGUAAGUGUAUGAGGAUGUUUGAGAGGGGGGGGUUAACUUCAAAAUAGUCCAAGUACAUGAUAGUUGACAUUAAUUUGAACAAAUGUCUAGCUUCUUUAGUUCAAGAGUUAGUAUAUUCUACCUAUUCAUUGGACAAUUUCUGUUUUAGGUGUGUGUGUGCAGACGGAGACAGUGUUACGUCAGGCCAUUGCUGAGAGGAUCAGGCCAGUUCUUUUCAUGAACAAAAUGGACCGUGCCUUGUUGGAGUUGCAAUUAGAACAGGAAGAUCUAUACCAGACCUUCCAGCGUAUUGUUGAGAGUGUGAAUGUAAUCAUUGCUACGUACAGUACUGAAGAUGGACCUAUGGGAGAUAUCCAGGUACAUAGAUUUGAAGAAAUUUAAAAAUUUCCUUUGAAUUUCAAGUUGGUCAAGGUUCAGAAAAUGGCCAGAUGGUUUGACACAACAGAUGUGGCUUCAGGUUAUAUGCAGGGUUUGCAAUAAUGAUUCGUGAAUCACAAAUCAAUUUUCAGUUUUCACAAAAUACGAUAAAAAAAUACAAUAAAAAUACAAAUAAAAAAUACGAUAUUUUUACGUGUGAAAAUACCAUUUGUUGUAAAACGCAUUGCCACAGACGUUUUAUUGUUUUUCUCUGAAUUUUGUAAUAAUAAACAUUUUUGUAAUAAUAAACAGAAAAAUACAUGGGUGCUUGGAAAUACCAGAUUUUCCGCGCACCCAUGUACUAUUCUAUAUAUAUAUAUAUAUAUAUAUAUAUAUUGUUGUCUUUUCUACUUAAAAUUAAUUAAGUCGCAACUCUAAUAUAUAUAUAUAUAUAUUUGAAAAUUGCAGUGCUUCCACUUUUUAGCUUCCAAUUAAUGAAAAUUCUUUGAAAAUUCCUUAAAAUUUCUCUAUAGUCUGUAUCGUAAAUAUAGAGCAAGUAGUAUGGUUUUUCUCAUCUCCAAUGCCACGAUUCCUUGAUCGGAUGAAACAGGCUGUAGUGACAUUUCAACUUUGAAGUUAGCAAAGUAUAAAGUGUACAUACUCUUGAUAUGUCUUUUUAAUUUCAAGGUUGAUCCUACGAAAGGUACUGUUGGUUUUGGAUCGGGGCUUCAUGGCUGGGCUUUCACCAUGAAACAGUUUGCUGAAUUCUACGCUACAAAGUUCAAGAUCACGCCAGCGAAGUUGAUGAAGCGCUUGUGGGGAGAUCAGUUCUACAAUGCCAAAGAAAAGAAGUGGGCCAAAACAUUCUCUGAAGGUUAUGUCCGAGGAUUCAACCAAUUCAUCUUGGAUCCAAUUUUCAAGGUUUUUAACUACACUUUAUUCUAGUGGUUCAAGAUUUGCAGUGACCUAAUGGGAAACCUAUCACAUUUAGUUUUGAAAUUGUGGGAACUAAAUAAUAUAAAGGACUGAAAGCAGAUUUCACAUAGCAGUUUGGAUACAAGAAUUAAGAAAUGCAAAAUUGAUUCUGGCCUUCCGGGAAAAAAUUCUAAUCUCAAACCCUGGUGGCAGACACUUUAUUUUAUAUAUUAGCUUUGCAUAAUAGUAUGUGUCACAAGAUAACACUUAUUGAAAUAAAUUGAAUUAAAUUGUAUGCAAAAAUUAAAUGCAAAACAAAGCUUUGGCAAUUACUGUGAGGCUAAGAAUAAGAUCUCUUGUGUUUCUGGACAACUGCAAGACAACCACAAUCUACUGUAUUGGUAUUUAAUCAAUUUAAGUAAGUUAUGACAAGAUAAUGAAUAGUUAGGAACAGAAUUGCAUUUUCGGCUGGAAUGAUCAGUACAUGCAUGCAUGUGACCUAUAAUUUUUCUCAAAGGUUUUUGAUGCUAUCAUGAAUUUCAAGAAGGAGGAGACAGCUAAACUUUUGGACAAAUUGAAUGUCAAACUUACUGGAACAGAUAAGGUGAAUUUGGAAAAAUUUUCAACAGAAAUAUUUAGUUGUUGACUUUACCUACGGACAAUAUUCCUAUGACUGCUUUCUGUUACAAUUACUGACAAGCUUCACAGUCUCCCUGAUUGUACUUAUACCAGGGAGAAAUUAGGUAGAUAGAUAGAAAAACUUUAUUUAAACACUCUAACCCUGUCAACCAGAGUCUUAGCCAGAAUUUGCAACUUGGGUGUCCAAAUUUGAAAUUUCAUUUAUGACACCCAUAUUUUGCCAUAUGGAACCAUGGCACCACUUCAUGCACCAGUAAUUCAAUGUGAAUAUUUUCGAAUGCUGGGAGUAAUCAGUGACCGCACUUGAGAAUCGCUCAAAAAACAAAUAAUAUAUUCAAUUAUUCAUUUAUUAUGUGACUACUCACUACACUGACUACAGUAGUACAAUUUAAGUAAAUUUGCCAAUAUAUUAAUCUUAUGAUUGAUAUUAUGUUGUCACUUUCAUGCUAUAAAUACAGUACUUGUAGCUUUGAUAAGCUAUAGUGUGAGUGAAGAACACAACAAAAAAAAACAAAAAGCAACUAAUUAUCUUAUAUAGUUAUAUUCUACGGUUUUUGGCAGCUAGGCCUAGGAAUCUUUGGUUUGGCAGAUUUGGCAGCUUGCAAAGUAAGCAAUGUUUAUGUUUACCGUCCAAAAGCCGUCUUUUUUAGAAGGCCGUCCAAAUUUGAAAAUGGCCGUCCAAAAGACGGCUGGACGGUAGGCUGGCUAAGACCCUGCUGUCAACUGAAGCUGAUUUCCACAAGGGGCGUGCGAAAAAGUAUACAGAAAAUAUUUUUAAAACUACUGUAUUUACAAACAUUUUUAGUUUUAACUGACUUGAUAAUGACAUUCUGUUAACGUCAAAACGUCAUCUAAAAACUUUUUUAUCAUGUAUAUAAAUAAGUACAUUUUAUCGCAGAACUUCAUAGUAAAAUGUCUUAAGAAACCAUUACUAAUUUACAAAAUUGUAUAAGAUAUAUAGUAUUAUAUGAACUUACAAAAUUAACUAAAGUAAUAAUCUAUAUACAGGUAUAUUAAUUAACAUCUAUAUUUUCAGUUAGCUAUCAAUUUAUAAGCUGCGAACAAGAUACAAUUUGGUUCACAGUUGUAAGAUCUAGUAAGGAAUAACAAAUUAACAUGAUGGCUUUUUGGACUGCUGAAAAAAGUCAACAGCUGAAAAAAGAUAGUUCCACUUGAUUAAGAUCAAAUGCCAACCUUGUUUUCAAGGGCUGUAAGUUGACCCUGUUUUUCAAAUACAGGAAGAAGAAGGCAAGAAAUUACUGAAAGCUGUGAUGAGAACAUGGCUCCAAGCUGGUGAUGCUCUGCUUCAGAUGAUAACCAUUCAUUUGCCAUCGCCUGUUACCGCUCAGAAGUACCGUAUGGAAAUGUUGUAUGAAGGACCUCAAGAUGACCCUGUUGCUUUGGGUAUCAAGAACUGUGAUCCUAAGGUAGGUAUCUUUUAAAAUGGUUGUUGUGGAAUUGAAAUAAACAACUAAAUUGAAAAAUAAUGUUGAUAUUUUUUCUGCUCUAAAAAGUAGUAGCUAAAUCUUAAACCUGAUUUUUGCCAAACUACACAAACACAAUCCUACUUUCCAUGUUAUUCAAUAUUCAGGAAAUUUCAUGACUGUUGACACAUAAUUGAUAGAUGAAACUUCAUACAAAAACAACUACCGACUACUCAGAACUUUAAAGUUUUUGCACACCAUGAAAAAUUUUAUGUGAAUGCUGUUCUGUUGGUAUAUCAAUAUUUUUGGUAUAUCUAUAUUACGAAAAACCAAAUACCGAAUAACCAAUAAUAUUUAGAAAAAGAUAUUUAAUAUUUAUCAAUAUAUUGCAACAGCCUAUUUUAGGAAUAUCUCAAAAGGGGUUAUGUAUGGUAUUAAUUAUGUUUCUUUCAUCAGGGACCAUUGUGUAUGUAUGUUUCAAAAAUGGUGCCAACCAACGACAAAGGUCGUUUCUAUGCUUUUGGACGUGUCUUCUCUGGUAUUGUGGGAACUGGACAGAAAGUUAGAAUUAUGGGACCCAACUACGUCCCAGGCAAGAAGGAAGAUCUGUAUAACAAACCUAUUCAGAGGUAAGAUUUUCUCAUGCUUUUGUUGUUUAUUUCUUAAAAUUUUCUGAGCUAAAUUUCACUAAAUUUGCUUAAUAAUUUAGAAAACCUAUUAGGGUUUUCACUUCCGCUAGCGAGUAUCGGGGGUAGUGGUUCAAGUGGAGGUGGGAUUUUGGUGGAAAUUGUGGGGGAGGUGGAAAUUUUAGGGGAGGUGCAGUUUCACUCACGACCUCCAUGGAAAGUAGGGCUAUGGGCCAAAGUCGAUGAUGUGACGUAUGCACAUAGUGUACAUAUUAAUCUCACUAUGUGUCUAGUUGGACUUCGGUGGGGCAAUUGUCACAGCAAGCGCCUUUCACCUCUGAGUUCGUGGGUUCGAUUCUCGCUAAGGACUCAUGUGAAAAGAGUCAGUCAACGCUCUGCUGAAAGUCGUGUGUUUUCUCCGGGUGUUCCGGUUUCCUCCCGCAGGGAAAGUGUACAGGGUGGGUUAGGAUAAGCACAGUUAAGAAAGUGAUAUCACAAUUGUUGUAAAGAUAAAAUAGUCUAGGCUAAGUAUGUGAUUAGGUAAGUGUAAUACUUGAUGUAAAGCGCAUUUGAUCAUAUCAUGCACAUGUUAAUGUGCGCUAUAGAAAUGCUAAUCGUAAUCGUAGUUGAGGCACUCUGUCUAAUGCCAGACAAUUUUACUACUAAUAAUAAAUGAAUCAAUCAACCGAGAGCAGCUCUUAAAAGCAGCAUGUUUACAGGACUAUCUUGAUGAUGGGUCGUUACAUUGAGCCAAUUGAAGAUGUUCCUUGUGGUAACAUUGUCGGUCUUGUCGGUGUUGAUCAGUACCUUGUGAAAACUGGAACAAUCACAACGUAUGCGGAUGCUCAUAACUUGAAGGUACGUUAUAAGAUCUUCAGGGAUUACACACAGAGACUUGAAUUAUUGUAAGAUUAAAAUCUCAGUGAAGAAAUUAAAUGCUCUAAUCAAAAUUACAAACUACAAACAAAUUUAGAUAAACACAUUAUAUUGAAAUUCUAAUCUUAAUUUAUACAGUAUGUAUGCAUUUGCAAUUCAGAUCUACACUGUAGCAUAUUAAGCAUUUGAUAUCAACUUAUCUACAGUAUGUAUGUAUAAUGUAUUAGGUCAUGAAAUUCAGUGUAUCGCCUGUCGUGCGUAUUGCUGUUGAACCCAAAAACCCAGCUGACUUGCCAAAACUGGUUGAAGGUCUGAAAAGAUUGGCUAAAUCUGAUCCUAUGGUACAGGUAUGUACACAGAACUCAAUCUUCCUUGAGGCCUCCGGUUAAGUGAAAAUGAUCCCAGAACAUAAAAGAAUGUUUCUAAAUAUUAUGCCACCUUAAUUACA